CGGGCUCUUGUGACCGUCGUGUAUUGACGGGUUAACACGCAGAUUGUUUGGAGGCUGUACAAAAUGAGAAUUAACACUUCAAGAGAAGGAUCGGUGACCGAGAUUUGAAACGCGAUCGUAGCUUGGAUAGAGGCUCCUCUGCUUCUACUUAGCGGUCUUUCUACGCUGGAAAGAAAAAUCCACUCGAUUCCUGUGUGUAUGUGUGUGUGCGUGUGUAUACACACACACAUACACACAAGUGUGACAAAGCCGAAAUGAGAGGCUGGUGAGGCUUUUCAUGGGCACGCCGGAUUAUCGGGAGGAUGGCAUGGACCUGGGGAGUGACGCAUCCAGUCGCUCCAGCUCUGAGUCCAACUCCAACAAGGUCACACCUUGCUCCCCUUCUCUUGACCUGGCUACUUUGGAGGACUACAAAUCCUCCCCCUCGCUGGACCUGGUCACUUUAGAGGACUAUGAGGAAGAUGAGGACUACCAAGAGUAUAAGAAGAAGGUGAUAGAAGAAUGGGAGAGCGAGUAUGGAGAGGACUAUACCUCUCCACAGCCUUCUGGUCAGGGGGAAGGCAGAGAAGGUAUUGUGAGUGCUGGCAGUACUGACGAAGGCUACAGGAAGACGGUGAACAGUCGCAGCCUUGCUGAAGAAUUCCAGGAUGUGAAGACCGUCCCGCCCCUACCAGCCCCUACCGGACACACUGCCACGUCAGUCGCAGCAGUCCCUGAUGAACUGAAGCAAAAUGGCAAUCUGAUUUUGCCUAGGAGCAACCAGCCCCACUCUCCUGGUACACCACAGAGGAGCACGGGGACUCCUAAACCCAACCACCGGAGCUCCAGUCAAGGCAGGGGGAGUCACAGCAGUGGCGGAGGUGGUGGUGGAGGUGGCGGAGGAGGUGGAGGAAGUGUGGGGACUGGAGGAAUGAUGCGAGGAUACAGAGAAGAAGAAGGGGUAGAAGAAGAGCCUCUGCCCACCAUGGACUGGGCAGCCCUGGAGAGACACCUGGCGGGGCUACAGUGCAGAGAGCAGGAGAACCAUAACCUCAACCAAAACCAGAACCACAACAUGGGCAAGACCAACUACACCUCAGCCCAGAAGAAUGAGAGGGAGUCUAUCAGGCAGAAGUUGGCCCUGGGCAGUUUCUUCGAUGAUGGACCAGGCAUCUACACCAGCUGUAGCAAGAGUGGCAAACCCAGUUUGUCCUCAAGGCUGCAGAGUGGGAUGAACCUACAGAUCUGUUUUGUCAAUGAUAGUGGCAGCGAUAAGGACAGUGAUGCAGAUGACAGCAAGACGGAGACUAGCCUGGACACACCUCUGUCCCCUAUGUCCAAGCAGAGUUCCUCCUACUCGGACAGGGACACCACAGAGGACGACUCGGAGUCUCUGGAGGACAUGGACUUCUUGAGUAGACAGAAGAAGUUGCAGGCAGAGGCAAAACUGGCCCUGGCUAUGGCCAAGCCCAUGGCCAAGAUGCAGGUGGAGGUUGAGAAACAGAAUCGCAAAAAGUCACCAGUGGCUGACCUGCUUCCACAUAUGCCUCACAUCAGCGAGUGUCUAAUGAAAAGAAGCCUGAAGCCCACCGACCUGAGAGACAUGACUCUGGGACAGCUCCAGGUUAUAGUAAACGACCUGCACUCCCAGAUUGAAAGUCUGAAUGAGGAGCUCGUACAGUUGCUACUGAUUCGGGAUGAGCUGCACAUGGAGCAAGAUGCCAUGCUGGUUGACAUAGAGGACCUCACCAGGCAUGCUGAGAGUCAGCAGAAGCAUUUGGCUGAGCGGACCCUAUCCAAAUAAGAUGCCCACCCCUCCUCCACUCCGCCUCCCUAUGCCAAGCUUAGCCCCUGCUCCCAAGCAAACUUUUCCCCUCCGGCCAUUCCACCUCUCUCCCCCGUGUCGAUCCGAAACCUCCCCGCUUGUCCCAAGUAUUUUGCUCCUCGCUGCUUCCUUGUCCCCUACCUCACCCCCAACCUCCCCGUCUCCUUUUCUGUCCAAUUCACUGACUUCAGUGGUAGCAGCAGCACAGAAGAAGGCCACCCUCGUUCAUUCGCUUCUGUGGUUUUUCUCCCAGCGUUAAGGAGGGUGUAGCACGUCCCGCUUCCUGGGAGAGGAGGAAACUGAUUGUGUGUCGUCAUGGAUUCUGUCCCCAGCUUCCUGUGCAGUGAUCGGCCUUGCUUUGCUAUUGUUUCUUUUUUAACUUUCUACAUUCACCACUAAAUUAUAACAGUUCAAAUGCAACAAUUGUGGGAAAAAAAAUAAAAUAAAAUAUAAUAGUGAAAAUUUUAGUAGAAAGUCAGUCAUGAGAAAAAAAGAAACAACACUGUAUGAAAAAAAAAAAAGAUUAAAUGAUGGAAAACUAACUUCUUCAGACCAUUUUAAGUUGGACAGUAAUUUUCAAGUAUUUCCAAGUCGACCCGUUUUUAUUCUGCACAAAUGGUCAUUUUCAACUGAUGAGAAAUGUUGAUUUGAAGGUGCUAUAAGAGUGUAAAGGAAAACAUGCCUGCCUUGUAGUGGAGUUGUAGAUUUUGGUAAUACGUUCACUCUAAUUGCUCUUCAACAUUUUGUGAAUGUUGAUUUUCUGACACGAGUCAUUUUAAAUGAAUAAGUGUGUUAAUAUUGUUUUCAUCCUACUGUAUUCAGAUACUUUAUUUGAGGGAAGAAAUGUUUAUGUACAGAUAUGUAAAAUAAAGAAUAAACUUUGUUUCAUAUA